GCGGAUGUGGAUAUUGCAUUUUGCCAAUAACAUCACUAUCAGCUAUUCGUUUAAGUUACACCUGAUCUCCUGGUUGUAGUUUAUCUAGCCUCUGUCUGAUGGUAACAAACAUAGCUACCGGACUAUGGAUUAAACUGUCAGAUUCUGUAGCCACAUUAUCUGGUCAGCGUUCGGCAAUAAUAAGGCUGGAUUAUCGAUCAUUUAAAGUCCGCUGAAUGUCCUCCUCAAUACAUACUAUAAACCAGCUAGCAUGCGGCUAGCAGGCUCACACGAUAUCUGUGCCUUGUUCAUAUCGUAUGUGGCCUAAUUUACAGGGAUGCAGGAUGAAACUGUUAAGUGGAUGGAUAUGCUUACUUUAAAUAGGGACACAGGAUAAAAGGGUAUGCACUUUGCAUCAUUGACUAUCUUUUUGCAACGCUAAUCACCGAGGGUAACACUUGUUGAUACCAAUAAUGGAGCCUGAAUCACCCCCGCAGUUGCGGGAAGAAGACGUAGAAAAGUAUCUACUUUACAAUACUGAGUUCCUGGAAAACUGGAUCAAGAAACAUGGGACACCUGAACUCAUUUACAAAAUAAAAAACAUGGACGUUAUGGACAAACCACAAUUCAGCACUGCGUCCCGCAACUCAAUCACAUCAAACAUGUUUAAGAACUAUGUCGACGGCAUGGUAAGGAAACGGAAAAAGUCCCUAGUUACAAGGGACAAGCUGUUAGCUAUGAAUGAAUCUGAAAUGUUCAUGGAGCUGAUCAGAGACAUUGCAAGUGAACUUGAUGUGAACGUUUUAUGUCACAAGAUUUUAAGGAAUGUGAGUGUUCUUACGGGUAGCGAUAGAGGGAGUAUGUUUCUUGUGAGGGGGUCAAAGCAUAACCGGUACCUUGUUUCAAAACUGUUUGAUGUGACAGAAAAUUCAACCCUUGAAGAAUCUCUGCAUUCAGAGGAUAAUGAAAUCAAAGUUCCAUUUGGUUGUGGCAUUGCAGGGCAUGUUGCUCGGACCAAAGAAACCAUUAAUAUAACAGAAGCAUAUGAGGAUCCUCGCUUCAACAAAUCAGUGGAUGCAAGGACCGGGUACAGAACUCACAGUAUUCUGUGCAUGCCGAUACUCAACCACGAGUCGGAGGUGAUAGGGGUCGCUCAAAUCAUCAACAAAAUCACCGGCAAUCAUGUCUUUGAAGACCAGGAUGUGGAGGUUUUCCGAAAAUAUCUCAUGUUCUGUGGAAUCGGCAUCACGAAUGCGCAGCUGUUUGAGAUGUCUGUCCAAGAAUACAAGCGAAAUAAGCUGCUACUGAACCUGGCUCGAGGCGUAUUUGUGGAACAACAAAACCUGGAGAAGUUGAUAGAGAAGAUCAUGCUGGAUGCCCAGGACCUUCUGCAGUGUGAACGCUGCUCUGUGUAUCUCGUGGAUGACACCCUGGAAUCAAAGGAGCGGAAACCAACAGAUUACACACCUAGCUAUAAUACAAUACCACAGACAAGGACACCAAACGCCAUCCAAUUUACCAAGGUUUUUGACCUGUAUGCCAAAGAUGGAGGAAUGAUACGCAUACAAAGUGCAAAUAAGCUUACGGAGUCACAGAAUGCAGAGAUAGCUCGAUUUGUAGCGUUUCAUGAGGAGCAUCUCUGUAUCGCCAACGUUGAAAAAGACGGGCGCUUUGGACCAGGGCCGUUUGGCGACGAGACAGGAUUUGUGACGAGAAGCAUGUUGUGUAUGCCUGUGUACAACAGUGAGAGAAAGAUCACCGCGGUCACCCAGCUUAUAAACAAACUAAAUGGCACUCCCUUCAACGAGAGCGAUGCCAACAUAAUAGAGGCAUUUUCCAUUUUCACUGGUCUUGGCAUCCACAACUGCCAGAUGUACGAGAAUGCAUGCAGACUGAUGGCAAAACAGACGGUGGCGUUAGACGUUCUGUCAUUUCAUGCGACUGCAGGACAGGAGGAAACAGAACGACUAGCGAAAACGGAUUUUCCAUCAGGACAAGAGCUCAAGCUGUACUCUUACGACUUCAAUGAUCUCAUUCUCUCGGACGAUCAGACACUUCAGUCGGUCAUAUGUAUGUUCAAGGAGUCAGGACUUGUGGCCAAAUUCAAGAUUCCCAUUGAUGUAAUCUGUCGUUGGACGCUGAGUGUUAAGAAGAACUACCGCCCUGUCACAUACCACAACUGGCGACAUGCGUUCAACGUCACCCAAACCAUGUUCACUAUGUUAUUUACUGGCAACCUGCUGAACAUGUUCACGGAUCUGGAGGUAUUUGCGAAGCUUGUUGCCUGUUUAUGUCACGAUCUCGAUCACCGGGGGACGAACAAUGCAUUCCAGACAAAAGUUGUAUCACCCUUGGCAAUGCUGUACGGCACAUCUACGAUGGAACAUCACCACUUUGACCACAGCAUCAUGAUAUUAAACAGCGAGGGCAAUAACAUUUUCCAGUCUUUGGAACCUGAGCAGUAUCGGGAAGUGAUCAAAUUGCUGGAAUUCUGUAUAUUGUCGACCGAUCUAGCACUAUAUUUUAGAAAACGUGGAGAUUUUAAAAAGGUAGUGGACAGCGGGAGAACAGAUUUCCAAAACCAGGACGAUAAACGACUUCUCUCAGCUAUGAUGAUGACGGCCUGCGAUGUCGCCGCUAUCACCAAACCCUGGGAAGUACAACGUGAGGUCGCUCAGCUGGUGGCCAACGAGUUCUUUGAGCAAGGAGAUGCAGAGAAAACGCAACUCGGUGAAACACCUAUUGCUAUGAUGGACCGUGACAAGAAAGACGAGUUGCCUAAGAUGCAGGUUGGAUUCAUAGAUUCCAUUUGUACACCAGUUUAUGAGAUGCUAGUAUCGGUGAACGAGGGUCUGAAACCAUUGCACACGGGUUUGACGAGAAACCGCCAGCGGUGGCAGGAACUGGCUCUGCUCCAUAAGGAAGGUAAAACGGAGGAGAUGAGGGCUCGCCUGUACGCGUCCAAGACUGACAAUAGCAUACACUCAGAGAGGAGCAGCAACAACAAAGAUAUAACGGCCAAAAGACUCAAGGAUUCAAAAAAUGCAUCAACAAAAAGAGCAAGAAACCACGAAGCGGCCAGAUCAAAGACAUGCACUCUUUUGUAACCUAACCUCGCCCAAAAGUUCCUGCUGAUUUAAGAUCAUUUAACGAAGUAUCUGUGAUAUAACUUAACGCUCGCUGUUAAUAAUUAUUGUGUCAUAUUUUGUUAUGGCCGUUGUCAGUCUUUGACUAAAUUAGUAAAGGAAAAAGGCUGUUGUUUAUACUCAAUGAACCGUUGAAAGAAUUAUGAAAUGGUAUUACUGAUAUGCAGCUGCAUAUGUAUGUUUAUAAAACAGGAGGGACAGAUAAGAGAUUUUCGUAUUUCAUACAGACAUUUAUGCACAACAGCAGUUGUUCUUACAGUGAUAACAUUUGUAGUUCGCAUAAACAGAAGUGUUUUCUGUUGAUAUCUGUUUACAAGAAUGUCAAAGUUUGUCAUGAUGUAUUUGUUGUUGUUUUCUUACUUAAUGUUUCAUUUUUUAAUAAAGUGAUAAUGCGAAAAAUAAAAUCUCGAUUAACUGAUA